AUGCUCGCAGUCCCCCACGCCCACUACCGCGUGUUCCACGGGAACCCAGCGGCAGACUCGCUGCUGCAUGAAGCACCGCACGACCAGUUCCCGUUCGCGCUGAGACCAAAUCAAGUACCGGAUGCUCCGACAGACCUCCACGUGCGGGAGUUUGCCCAGCUCGAGGUUCAAGUGAAGGCGCUAGAGUUACAGACUGCGCCAAACAAUGUGAUUUCUAACGCCAGGACUCACGCCGUCGCCGGCGCAUUGGCCGAAUGUUUCUAUUUCUAUACGCGUCUCUUUACGGUCGAAUCGUUCGUGUGGCCGGACUUUCUGACCGCUGUAUGUACGAAAUUGGUCGAGCAUUUUGCAGCAAGCGAUAACGUGAUCGUCCAAAGUGCGAUUUUGAAAGUGUUCCAGCGUGUAAAAGCUCACGUGGCUCAAGUGACGGACGUUUCGAAGAUGCUGGGGCAUCUAGCCACGUCUUUAAAUCAUGAAACGAGUGUGCUGACUCGGACGUUAACGCUGCAGUUAGUGGCGACGAUGCCGACUUUGCUUGUGCACGACACGACCGUGCAGCAGCAGAUUAUCGUGAAGCUUGCAGCUAAUGAUGAGGACGAACGCUUGGCUGCUAUCGAAGCAGUAAGUGCAUUUUUGCCGUUGUCGUCUUCGUAUCGGAAGGACGUGCUGGAACUGAGUCUGGAAAAGUCGACGACGAGGUUGUGCAGUUUAUUGCCUGGUUCCGUCUCAAACUCGAUGGAAGCACAUCAGGCAUGGACUCAUUGCGCAGAACUGUAUGAGCGUUUUGUAGACGAUAAGAGUGCAGUAGCAAGCGUCCGCGCCAUGACGAUGUUGACUGCAAGUUAUCCAGGUACAUUGUUGCCAAUGCACGAACAGUUGUUGCUCCACGUGAUCGACCAAGACCCUCGGAUAUUUGUACGAAAUUUUACACUACUGGUGUCCCAACAACUACUCAGUAGCAAAAGUACUACUGGCGAAGAAAGCCAACUCGCAAAUCUCAUGGAGGAUGUUUUUUUGCGCAUUGGAAGCCCCCACGUAAUUGCAGGUCGUGGUUUGAUGCGUAUCAAAUUGUCAGCUCUGCUCUUGCUCGGAGCGUGGUCUACCUACCAUGAAGUAGGUGCUAAGGCCCACGAACUGCUCAAGGACAUCAAGAGACUGCUUGCCUUUACAACGGACGGACGGUUUGGAAAAGCGUAUACGUCAACUAUUUCGAAUGUUGUUCGUCACGAGCUCACAACAAUGGGAAAGUUGUCGGGGCAGAGUGUGGACGAGUUGCUGCUGUUGUUGCAUCCUCGUGCCGCCGUUGCUGCCGAGACCACUAGGUAUCACGCGCUGGACGCGCUUUCGCAGCUUUGCCAAGACUAUCCCCAGCACCUUGCGACACGCGUUUCUUCGCAGUUGGUUGAGUUGUUGUUCAUGUCCACUGACAAUGUGCCUUUUACAACCUCUAAGCUGUGUAGAACAGCCGUCUUCAGGGUGCUCGGUGAUUUGCGUCCAUCAAAUGGUACUUUGACCGAAAAGGAGCUUCGCAUGUUGCUAAAGGAAGUAUCGUCGGACGAGCGACCGAAUGCUUUUCAUCUACGGUCUGUCGCCGCUACAUUCUUUAGCUGGACGCAAAAUUUUGUGCUCGCUGGGAUUGACAAAGACCACGAUACAACUGCAAUCAUCGAAGAAUUUGAACGGCAACUACUAAAGCCUGAGCUGUACGAGUCCCAUGCCGAGCGGUACGAGAUGGCGAAACUGGCGAUGCUGCGAGGGCGAUUUUCUCUUGCAUUGCAGCUUUUGGAAUUGAUCGUUAUAAAAGCUGAUAGUGAGUGCUUUGGUGGUUGGUUGCUUGCUCUUCAGACUCUGUGUGAAGCAGAGUCUCGCAUCGCAACGGACCGAUUUGUACAACUGGAAAGUCUUCACUCGCUUACCCGGACUAGCAUGUUCUUACAGGCAGCACGUACAUCAAGCUUUCGCUUCGAUCUACAGCUACAUCUAGUUUCGCUCCGACACGAGUGGGUGCAGCUUUUACAGAAUGCUCAACAACUAGCAGGCGAGGCUGCAUUUACCAAUGUCGCGGGAAGCCUUAAUGGACGAGAGGGGCAAUUGAGCAUCCAGUUGCGCAAACUUGCCUGCAAGUACAAAGCGUUGCGUAACUUGUUGCUAGGCGCCAACCAGCUUGACCUCGACGCACUUCAAGUGCACGCUGACAUGUGUAUUUUACUGGCUUCGGCAGUCGAUGGUUUCCUGUUACUUCGGCCGCCGGCCUCCGUUGAUUUCUUGGUACAUCGGAAGACCAACAACAACAGCUGUCAGUGGAAUUUUGGAAUGCUGGAAAGCCUCAGCGAGGAUGUUCGCGCGAAGCUGGAUCGUUUCAGUAAGCUCUCUCCGUCUCGCCAACCAGGUGUUGGUGCACGCGUGGUGCAGCAAAUUCUGAAAGCACUUUGCGUGAUUCCUCCGAUACUGCCGAGGAUAUUCUUUUGCUCACGAUUGCGCGGCGACCGGCGCCUACGUUCCAGUGCGCAAUUUUUAACUUUCUCGGAAAAUGCGGCCUUCACGACAAAGCCGCGGUCACGAUCACAACUUGGAGUGUCCCUUGGAACUGGUUUUACCAGCGUGUUGAAGGGUGUGCUGGCUUUUUCACGGAGCGCUCGAGCUUAUUGGAGCAAACAGUUUGAAGCUAUUGAAGCCGAGACUCUCGUUUGUCUGGCUGGUGCCAAUAUAAACGGGGCCAGCAGUGUCAUUGCUAGUUCAUCAGCGUAUGAAGCGGCGGAUGUUUCGCUUGAUAAAAUGUUGGUUCAUCAUCGUGCUAAAACAAGUCUUCCACUCGCGUGGAAUCAAGCAGUUGAGUCAGCAACAGGCGACGAUGGUCACAUGACGCUCUACUUGCCAUUCAUGGCGCCAGUGCAUGUGAAAGCGACAGACCUGACAGUAAAAGGUUCGUUUGUCCUAAUGGCCAAGCUCGCCUUGGUAGACCGCCAAGGGGAGAGGUGGCCGCUGGCUGUUACAGGGUGUCGGCGAGGUUUUAUCGUGUAUUGA